AUGUAGAAAUUAAUCUAUAAAUUUUCAUCAGGACUCUUUUCAGUCAAAAAUCAUGAUAAAAUUAAGGGACUUGCCAUUGCAGAAUUAAAUAAUCCAUAAAAAAAGAAUGCUUUGUCAAAAUAAUUGUUAGUCGAGAUGAGACAGGCUCUAAGCGAACUUGCCGCAUCAAAAAAUAUAAAUUGUGUCAUAUUAAGGUCAUCAACAUCAGGCACUUUUUGUGCUGGUGCAGAUUUAAAGGAGAGAAUAGGAUUAAGUAAUUUUGAGACAGAAUUGGUGGUAAAGAAUUUGAGAGAGACUUUUAAUUAAGUUGCUAAUCUGCCUCAACCAGUAAUUGGAGUCAUAGAUGGAUUUGCGCUUGGAGGGGGUCUAGAAUUAGCAUUGGCUUGUGAUUUAAGAAUUGUAACGAAAUCAUCAAUAUUGGGAUUACCUGAAACAGGUUUGGCAAUUAUACCAGGAGCAGGCGGAACCUAAAGAACCCCAAGAGUUAUUGGAGUCGCUUUGGCGAAAGAAUUAAUUUUCACAGGAAGGAGAUUAAGUGCUGAAGAAUCAUUAAAAAUAGGAUUAGUUAAUUAUGUAGAAGAAGACGGAUAAUAAGCAAACAACAAGGCUGAAGCUAUUGCAUCUUAGAUAUUGCAGAAUGGUCCAAUAGGAGUGAGAGCAGCUAAGUCAGCCAUAAAUAGAGGAAUGGAAGUAGAUAUUGAGAGUGGAUUAAAAAUUGAGGAAUAAUUAUAUUAUUAAGUUUGCCAUAGUUAGGAUAGAUUAGAAGGUUUGAAAGCAUUUGCAGAGAAGAGAAAGCCAUAAUAUAAAGGAGAAUGA